AUGGAAUAUAAUAAAGCAAAUAUAUUAAUCUUGUUUGCCAUCAUCUCCUCCGUGGCGGCAGACUCGAGUUCAAUAGAAGACAUUAAACGAACAGUUCUAGAUAGUCCUAGUGUAUGUCCUCCAUUUGGAAAAAAGGCCAAAUUUGAGGUAGAAACUAUACAAACUAAGUCGUUGAUGUACGGAUGUGCCUAUAUGGGAAAUGAAAGUCUACUAAGCACUGCUCCAUUGUUCCAUUUGUGGUUGGAGCGUCCUGAGCAAUCAUUUGGACACGGACAUUGCGACAACACGCAGAAUAUGGACCACUUCAUGUUUGAGUGUUUGUCAAAACAUGACAGGCCGACCAAUAAAGACGAAUCGGAAAUGGGCUGGCAAUAUAUAUCACUACUGGAACAUACUGCAGAGUCAAUGCAAAGUAAAACUAAAACACGUACCCACAGAUGUGCCUUGUACGAUGUACAUGACGAAGAUGAUAGGAAGAUUAGAAUAAUCCGGAUGGUGAUUAGCAAGCCGGUAAUAGGAGAGGAAUUCAAUGUAAGCCAGUGCAAUGGGCUAUCGGAUCUUUUAGCACGGAAUUUACUUCCAUACCUCCCUGAGGGAUAUCGAUAUUGGCCCGACGGGUCAUUGUACAUCUAUUUAUUAGGAAGAAAGGCUAAAAUAUUUUACACUACUAAAAAAUACCCGGAUUUUCCUGUUACUAGUCGUCCAACUACUACCACCAGUCGUCCAUCAAUCUCUACUACCACCACCAGUCGUCCAUCAACAACUACAACUACCACCAGUCAUCCAUCAACAACUACUACUACCACGGCCAAUACGUAUCCUAGUAUAGAUUAUAGUGACCGUGUUAAGUAUUUAUUUUCCAUGAUUUAUAUACCAUGA